AUGCUUAUGUACCCACGUAAGGGUCUCAUCACCGAUCCAUACAACCCAGAGGACAUCAUCAUACAAGACGACCAGUACCCACCUGACUUCUAUUCCGAGAACGCCUUGCACUACGAUCAAUCUCGCUUGCAAUCACCGUUCCAGUGCCACCCCAGUGUACAGCUCUCCCCGCCAUCUUCCGCGCCUUCCUCGCCUACUUUCUCCUCUCCGACCUUCUCGACUUCUUGCCCGCAGACGUCUGACUAUCAGUCUUUCGGGGCUCCUUCGAUGACCCCGGCGCCUUCAUAUAACCCGUCGUACGACAUUCAGGGUUCCAACUCACCGUCGCACUACUUGCCUCAACAUCCUCAGCAAUAUUAUACGCCCAUGCUGGUACAACAACCUCUCGCCAGUAACCAGGGUUGGGAUAGCAACCUGCAGUUAUUGAGCCCUGCGCGUGUCCCAUACCCCGGUGUGCAAAAGAGAUCUUCGCCCUCAGCGUCCUCGCGCUCAGCCCCCUCAGGGUUGGCAGCCAACAACUACCACCGCCGCUCCAACAGCGCCAACAAGCCGUUGCCCACCCCGGUGCAAACGCCUCUCCAGAACUCAUUCCUUGCGACUCCCUUCCAAAGUUUCGAUCCCUCCUCCCAAGAUGGUCAGAAUGCCGAGGCCGAGUCUGCUAUGAGAAAAGCGAUCAUGGACCAGCAGAAGCAGUCACCCCCGCAGCAACUGCAGAACGACUACUCGUUGGCUCCAUCGGUGUCGACAAUGAGCCAUAACUCGCCGGUGACUCCGCAGACUACCCUCGACGAACUCGACGACGCAUCCAAGUCGAUGACCAAUGGUGAGAAUCGAAUUCCUGAUAUUGAUAGGUGGAUGGACCAAUACUUACGUUUCGACGCACCUCCAGAAUACAACAGCGCCAAUGGUGCCAUGUCAAUUGGAGUCCCCAAGCUGAACAGAACCAUUUCCGAUAUAUACCAAGACGAAUUAUAUAACCCCACCAUCAUGGCGGCGCCCCAGAUGUCCAAGCCGAUGGGACAGAACCACCUCAACCCGCGCAAUUUUAUCGCCGAUCGCCUACAAGCUGCCAGCCAGGGACACAUGUCUGCUCGUUCGCAAUCGCCUGCCAACAGACGGGGUCGCUCUCCUUUCCGCCCCUCUUCUCCGUUCGCCGGUGACAUGGGCAACAACGCUCUCCAGCAACCCCAGAUGGCUACCAGCAUCCCCAUGAACGGAAUGAACAUGGACCAGACCUCAAACACUGGAGAUAUUAAGACUAUGUCUCCCAAGGAUGCGGUCUUAGAUUUCCAUGAGAACGAUGAUGCCAUGCCUCCUCUGUUCCCCCGGGUCAGGAGUACCGAGUUCCCAUCGCUCCCAACAGUGGAAUCUACUGAGAGUUCGCCUCCAAGUCAAAUGAAUAUGUCAAUUACGGAGGGUAUUCCUCGUCCUACCAACACAUCCUCGGAUGCGGGCACCUACACUUGCACCUACCAUAACUGCUCAGACCGCUUCGACACCCCCUCCAGACUCCAGCGACACAAGCGCGAGGCGCACCGGCAAACAACACCGGGCGGCCACCUUGUCAGCCGCGACACCUCGCUCCGCAACUCCCAGGCUGGUCCGCACAAGUGCGAACGCAUCAACCCGUCUACAGGCAAAGCAUGCAAUUCCAUCUUCUCCCGGCCCUACGAUCUUACGCGGCAUGAGCAUACGAUACACACCGCCGGGAAACAGAAGGUGCGCUGUCAUAUCUGUAACGAGGACAAGACCUUCAGCCGAAACGAUGCUCUGACAAGACACAUGCGAGUGGUUCACCCUGAAAUCGACUGGCCAGGCAAGCAGCGCAGGAGGAGAGACUGA